AUGUGCACGGAGAACGGAGCCCCACGAAAGGGUGCUGGUGCUGUUUAUUCUACUUGGAAUUCGAUCAUUCCAUUCAAAAAAAACGGCCUUUCUGGUACCGCAAAGGGACCUUCCCAAGUCCACAUGCAAAGCACGUCGAGUUCGUCUAUGAAAAAAGCGGCCGGACAAAUUAACGCUCAAAUGCAAUGCCGUUGUAAAUCAACACGAUCACAGCAAAUGAUGAGGACUCGAUUGCAAGCUGCAGCGUUUUCGUCUUCGUCGGCGACGUUAGUUGGCUAUGGGAGAGUCGGCAAGGCUUUCGCCAAAAUGCUAGGAGAUGAUCUUGCUGCAACCGUUUCCCGCAGGAAUGGUAGCAUAUCACUGGAUGGCAAGGGCCCAAUAUAUGUGUGCACCACCAACGAUGCCCUGGACGACGUCCUCCAGCGCACGCCGCCAGCGCGGCGCCGUGACUUGGUCCUCUUACAAAACGGAUGGCUGUUGCCUUGGCUGGAUCGCAAUGGCCUCGAGGAUGUAACCCUCGUAGCUCUGUACAUGGCGGCGUCACCCGGCGGCACUGCGACGGAUGGCCGCCGCACAGUUGCUAGCGGCAGGUGGGGUGAUCACGUGGCUUCAACUCUGAACCGAGGCGGCGUGUCGUGCGCGGUGGUGAGCCGAGAUGCCCUUUAUAAGGCCCUUGUUGAGAAGGCGCUCUGGGCGUCGAUCUUCUGGAUGCUGAGCUGCGCGCUGGGAGGCGCCAAGGUCGGCGACAUAGCUGUGCAUCAUCGUUUGGAUGUAAAAGCAUUAGUGGAUGAGCUAUUACCGAUGAUGAGGCAAAGCCUGGAGGCAGCUGCGGCCAAGCGCCCUGGGGCUGAUGCGGCGGCAGCUGCUCUACGGGACCAUGGGACUGUGCUGGAUGCGUUGAUGGAUUACAGUAUGUCUAUCGGACAAGCAGUGCCUUCCCGGGAAAUGGCUCUGGCAGAAUUUUCAUGGCGAAAUGGAGCUCUGCUGGAAAUGGGCUUGACACCGUUGCAUUGCUCUUGGUUGCAGCGUGCUGGCGUGGACAUCACGAGUUAUGUGAAGUAG